CGGAUCACUCAUGUGUGUCGCCCGCGAAACUGCUGGCUGACGUAAAGGAUGCUGGGAUCGCCCUCUUACUAGGAGGCCGCCAUAUUGGAAAAACUAUUGGCAGAACGUUACACAAAUUACUUCAUUCUAGAAGGUAUUCAGCGCUCGACAAAGUUGAUAAGAUGGCAAAUCAUGAGCAAAAUCUCAAGGAGAUACAAGACCUUUCCAAGGUUGGUAGGCUGUCUCCAACAGAACCACUGGUGACCACACUAACUAUGUGCCCACCAGAAUUCCGUCAGCAGGCCGAGGCUACAUUGCUGAGCCAGGUCGAACUGGCAAAGUCCAGAAAUUCCAAGAAAGCUUGGCUUAAAAAACUGUCAAGGGACCUCUUGGAGCUCAACUUCCAUAACAGGUCAUGGCUGGAAGCUAAUGUGGCACCACUCCCUCCGCCGAAGCAACGCACUUGGAGUGAGGUAGUCCAGGGCCCCAGCAAGGAUAUAAGAAUUCAAUCAAAUCCUGAAAUCGAAAGGAUUGAGCAGCUGGUAUCAGGGAAAGCAGCAUCGUCUCUGUUGGAGGGGGAGGAAGAGAUGGAGUUGGAUUUGACCGAGGAAGAUGAGUCUCGUCUGUUGGAAGAUGAUGUCCAGUUGGUGAACGCGCCAGACAGACCUAGGACUCCGGAACGUACGCCAGCUGGCACUAAACCUGUCAGCCCAGUUAAGCCAUGGGUGAAGGAUAUUCCAAAGGGCAAAGCUUCUUCUGAACAGCCUAAAACCAAGGAAAAGUCUAGGGAAUCCCCAAAACGUCAGGAUUACCGAGAUAGUGCCUGUGAGGCCCACAAAGAAGGGCAUGAAGAGAGCCGGAGAGAAUCCCGGAAGGACAAGCAUGUCGACCGAGGUCAGGAGAGUAGGGGAAACCCAAAGCAGCCCCAUAAGCAAGGGCAUUCAUCAGGCAAUAGGGGCAACUCGGGCCCAAUCAGACCGAGACCCCCCGAUAACCGAGGUCAUGGUAUGUCAGACAGGCAGCGUCAACGAGAUGACAGCCACAGGCAUAGGGAGGAGCAGCCGAGAAAACGGAGCCCCUCGCAGCAGGCAGGCCAGGAGUCUGGCAAGCGUCCUAAAUCGGCGCUGCCUAGAUGCCCAAUUCAAGGAUGUAGUGACAGAAUGGAGGAAAAACCUGCCUUCAAAAAACAUCUGCCAUUGCUAUUUCAUCCUGCGCUGAAUGGCACGGAAGUUGCUGAGAGGAGGAGGACGGCUCUUGUCCAUCUCCAGCGAAUGCUGGUGGGAGCUCACAAGACGCUGAAUAGUUUGGUGACGCUGGCUGAAAGUAUUGGGGAGUUUUCUGAAACUAAAACUCCUGUAACUGACCUACAGCAGGGCAUGCGUGAGCUGGGAGAGGUGCUGAACAAGCGUGAGGAGGAUUUGACGCUCCGUAAUCAUGGAAGCAGUGUUCUUUCCUUAAUCGAGUGGAGCAGGCUCAUUUCUUUGGUUUCGUUGCUAAGGCCGGAACAGCGGGACACCUUCAGGGAGCUAUUCGAACCGUCUGAAGAGGAACAACUUCUACUGCCUAAACUCGCAGUUGGAUUUGACAGCCAUCGUCAUUUAGACCGGACAAUGGAGAAACUAGGGAAAAGAGAGAAGAAUCUCUCCAGUAUUCUGGAUGGCUCGUCAACUUUACCAGAAUAUGAGAUUGAGGUACCAAGGGUCAUUGGCGUGUUUUGUGACCCAGAAACUUACCCUUCUAAAACAGACAUAAAGAACUGGGUCAGCCAAGGAGUUUGUCCUGCUAUUGGAUGGCAUCCCCGGAAAAACUCAGGGACUGAAGAGGACUGGAGACGGUUCAGGGAUCGCCUGAAUAUGCCCGAAGUGGUUGCUCUAGGGGAAGUUGGCUUGGAGCGCAAUGAGCCACCAAAUCAGUGGUAUACCCAGAUGUUGAAUCUGGAGAAGGCGUUAGAUUGCUUAGGACCAAACCAUGUCCUAGUGUUACAUUGCAGGAGUGUGGGGACGGAAUCCGACGAAGCAUGGCUGACUGUCCUCAUGAUUCUGAAGGCGCAUCGGUCAGUGGGACGGGAACACCUUAUCCACUGCCAUUGCUUUACGGGCAGUCGCUCACUAGCAGAGAGAUGGAUUGCGGAGUACCCAAGCACGUACUUCGGUUUCACUUCGGUGGUGUCCAAAUAUAAGGAGCCUGGGGACCAUGACAGGUUGGAUUGGAUAAGGCAUGUUGAUCCGGACGAAUUCUCCUAG